UAGAUCCAUGCUUUACUUCUAGUUAAAUCCAUGCUUUACUCCUGGUUAACGACCCAAACUUCUCUCUCUCGACCCUCUCCCUCACUAUCCCUCACGCAGCUGCUCGGCCCGCGACUCUCUUUCCCGGCACGGCGGCUUUGGCGGCGGACGGCGACUGUGGUAAAUUGAGUACCUCGACCGACUGUAAUACAAGCGUCCGCUAGGCGUUUGAGGAGAGGUUUCGUCGUGGUAGAUUCGGGUGGUGAUCGUUGGAUCUUGAGCGAGAGUCGAGAAUCCUCUAGUUUUAGAUGCGUGAGACACAUCGUCAAUUGAGCUGUACACAGCUUAAGGUGCCAACAAUUGUGCAACUUCAUAUGCCAUGCUUGUGGCAUCGACAUUUUAUGUUACCUCAACUCUUGACAGGCUGAAAGAAGAGCUGGAACAUGGCGACUUUUGUGAAACCAGAGGAUGCAUUGAAACGAGAUGAAGAGGCCGAGAGGUGCCACAAAGAACAGGCUGAAAGAAAAGCUAAAUUGGAUGAGAUUGGUGAGAAACAGAGGCAAAGGGAGAGGGAACUGGAAGAGAAAGAAAAGCAAUGGAAAGAAACUAUCUUGGGCCCCUCCAGGCCGGUGGAGCCUCCCCCUGCUUCUAACCCCACUGUGGCGGCAGCUGCUGCCACCCCUGCUGCUGCUGCUGCCGCCGCCACUGCACCUGCUGCUGCCGCCGACACUGCACCUGCUGCUGCCGCCACUCCAAACCCUUUCAGGUAUGUGCCCAGGUUCCUCAGAGAGAGGACUGAAGGCUCAGGAGCCGCACCUCCACCAAAACCCGAACGUCGGAAGUAUGUGCCCAGGUUCCUCAGAGAGAGGACUGAAGGCUCAGGAGCCACACCUCCACCAAAACCCGACCGUCGGAGUAGUAGAGGUAGACAGGACGACCGCUACUCCCAGCCUAGUGACGGAUGGCGCAAUGAUGAGCAUAGGCCCUCCUCCGCCUUUGGCAGCGGCGGUGGCGGCUCAAGGUCCACCCAGUCAUCAUCCAGGCCAUCGCACGAUGGAGAACGCUGAGAGUGGUAAUCGCUGUUCAAUCAAGUUCUCUCGGACCGUUCCAUCUUUUUGGGAGUGCAGCUUUGAACCCCCAUGUGGCUGGCUAGGAAAUGGUUUUGCCAUAAUUUUGGGGAAUGAUUGUCAAGUUAUUGUUUCUCCUUUUUGCUAUAUGAGUAAAUGUAAUUUGGUCUUAUAUUGAGAACGCGCCCUGUUGCUUGUACAGUCACCCACUGGGGCAUUGGUAGCCAAUGAAUUUAUCUUGUAAAUAUUGAUGUGUGAGUUUUGUGUUAAAGGACCUUUUGGCCCAAUGUUCCAAGAUCUAGUCUGUUCCCUCGC